GCCACUGGAGACCGACUCGCCCCGCCAUGUGACAUUGCCCCCGCCAGCGACCCCCCGCGUGUCCCGCACCAUGCUCCCGCGGGGACGCGAGCGCCAGUCUCUCGCGCCCCAGCCGGCUCAGCAUCCUGGCCUCCGCAGGCAGGUAGAGCCGCCGGGGCAGUUCCUGCGCCUCUUCUACUGUACCGUCCUGGUCUGCUCCAAAGAGAUCGCGGCGCUCACGGACUUCUCUGGUUACCUAACCAAACUCCUGCAAAACCACACCGCCUAUGCCUGCGAUGGGGACCACUUGAAUCUCCAGUGUCCACGGCAUUCUACGAUAAGUGUCCAGUCGGCAUUUUAUGGGCAAGAUGAUCAAAUGUGUAACUCCCAGCAGCCUGCAUCCCAGAGGAAAGACAGCCUAACCUGUGUAGCAUCCACCACGUUGCAGAAGGUCCUGGAUGAGUGCCAGAACCAGCGGGCCUGCCACCUCCUGGUCAAUAGCCGUGUUUUUGGACCUGACCUUUGCCCAGGAAGCAGUAAAUACCUCCUGGUCUCCUUUAAGUGCCAACCUAGUGAAUUCAAAAACAAAACUGUGUGUGAAGACCAGGAGCUGAAGCUGCACUGCCAUGAAUCCAAGUUUCUCAACAUCUACUCAGCAACAUAUGGCAGGAAGACACAGGAGAAGCACAUCUGCUCCUCGGAUGCAGGGCGUCUCUCCCCUGUGGACUGCUUGUCUUAUUCCCCGUUGCAAGUUUUAUCCCAGAGAUGCUACGGAAAGCAGAGAUGCAAAAUCAUUGCCAACAAUCACCACUUCGGAAGCCCCUGUCUGCCAGGAGUGAAAAAAUACCUCACCGUUACCUACGCAUGUGUUCCCAAGAACAUCCUCGCAGCAAUUGAUCCAGCUGUUGCUAAUCUAGAACCUUCUUUGAAGAAGAAAAAUGGGGAAUAUGGUAUAAACUUUCACCCAAGUGAAUCCAGCGUUCUGAGGAAAGACGGGGUCAUUGUUAGCAACUCCCUGGCAGCAUUUGCUUACAUUAGAGCCCACCCCGAGAGAGCCGCCCUGCUGUUCAUGUCCAGUGUCUGCAUCGGCCUGGCGCUCACGAUGUGUGCCUUGGUCAUCAGAGUGUCCUGCACCAAGGACUUCCAGGAGCUGCAGCUGGGGAGGGAGCAUCUGGUGCCAGGGAGUGACAAGGCUGAGGAGGACAGAGAGGACAAAGACGAGGAGGAGAGCUCCUCAGACUCUGAUUUUCCAGGAGAACUGUCAGGGUUUUGUAGGACUUCCUAUCCCAUCUACAGUUCCAUAGAGGCUGCAGAGCUAGCAGAAAGGAUUGAGCGCAGAGAGCAAAUCAUUCAGGAAAUAUGGAUGAACAGUGGUUUGGACAGCUCGCUCCCGAGAAACAUGAGCCAGUUCUACUGAAAACCAGAUGCAUCUCGAUGCGAUCACACUUUCUGAAGAGGGAAGGAUCCAGAAUACCCCUCCAGUUCUGCUUCACGUGUACCUUCUAUGAAGGAGAAUUUGUCAUGUCAUCCAAGACUGGCAAAGCCAGAAAGAUAUUAAAACAGACAUUUCAAAAUAAAUUAGGAGGGAAGAAGUCUUUGUUUUCUGUAUUUAUUUAAAUCCAUGUCUGUGCACUAACAUAAUUGGAGUUCACAUUUAUUGAACACUCAUAAUGCCAGGCACUGUUCUAGCUGGUUUUCCUAUAUGAAGCCAUUUAUUCCUCACAACCUCAUCAUGAAGUAGUUCUGUUAUACCCAUUUUACACAUGAGAAAAUGGAAGCUCUCUGUAUCCAUAUGGGAAUUAUAUUGAUACUCUGGACAGCAAAUAUGAGUUCAUAUACUACAUGUUCAAGGUUGAUGAGUUUUAAUCACUAAUAUUAAUUGUUUAGAGCCAAGUCAGCAAACAUUUUCUGUAAAGGGUCAGGUGGUAGAUAUUUUAGGCUUUGUGGGCCAUAUGAUCUCUUUCACAGCUAUUCAGUUCUGCUCUUGGGCAGUAAAGCAGCCAUAGACGAUAUGUAAACAAAUAGGAAGGGCUUCGUGCCAGUAAAACUUUAUCUAU